UGUCUAUCCUUGAAGAUUUCGGCACGCCGAAGAGAGGCAGUAAAUCACCGCCCCGUCUGAACAACACCAGGUCUUCCCUGUUAUUUAAAUUCCAGGAGCAGGAGACGCUGUGAGGGAAACAGAAGGACUGAACUUGGAUUUGGCUCAUUUUGCUUUGAGGAGUAGACCAUGUCCUUUCCUCGGUAGCUCAGCUUAAACAGAGCACGUGGACACAGUGAGCCAGUUACUCAUGCAGUUUUAGGAAAGGAGAAGAAGUGUGAAACAUACACACGCACUACACUGACUGGAAACAUCACACUUGCUGGAACGGCAGGAAAGGUAACUAAGUUCCUUUGACUGAAAUUUCGACGAGGCCAUGGCUUGCAGGAUAGUUUUGCUGGCGCUGCUGGCUGCAGAUUGUGCCCGAAGCCUUCCUAUACACAGCCUGGGACACCUGGACUGGCAGCGGGCGCUGGCCGCAGCCGAGGGGUGCGCGGCGUGCCGCCCUGAGCUCUGCCUCCUGCCCCCGCGAUGCCCAGCAGGCCGGGUGCGAGACCGCUGUGGCUGCUGCUGGGAGUGUGGGAACGGCCAGGGGCAGCUCUGUGACCUCAGCCCCUCCAGCCACUUCUACGGGAGGUGCGGGGAGGGCCUGGCGUGCCGGAUCCCGGAGGAGGACAUGAAAUCCGGAGAGAUCCCUGAGCCCCGCUGUGUCUGCUCCAGCCAGGAGGUCAUCUGCGGCUCCGACAGGAAGACCUAUGGAGACAUCUGCCAGUUCAGGGGAGCCCAGUACCGUUCAAGGGAAACACAGGUCCUCACAGUUGUUCACAGUGGGCCUUGUCGUGCAGAACCCUUUAUCACAACCUCACCUCGUGAUAUCAUCAAUAUGGAAGGAAGUGAUGUCAUAUUUGGCUGUGAAGUGUCCUCUUACCCAACUGCCCUCAUUGAAUGGAGGAAAGAAGGGAAGAGUAUCGUCUUACCAGCAGACGACUCCCACAUUGCUGUGCAGGCCCGAGGUGGACCACAGCGCUUUGAACUCACAGGCUGGCUCCAGAUCCAGAAUAUCAAAAAGGAGGAUGGAGGCGUGUACACCUGCUUUGCCAAAAACGAGUUUGGGGAAGCAUCUGCCUCAGCAGAGCUGAAGGUUGUUGGGAGAGAUUCUCCACUGGCGCAUCAGAUACAGCCUUACAUAACUGGAGUGUUUGACAUCUCUGACGAUGAUGAUGAUAUCGAUGAUGAAGAAGACAACGAGGGGAUGCCUAGUGGACAUCUGUACUAAAAAUAAGAUUUAUUCGAAGUACAGAAAGAAAACGCUUUUCUAAUAUGUUGAAGUUGAACUAUUAAACUUUCGCCAUUCUGCAAUAAGCCUUGAAUCACAACGUGCAUAAUACAUUUGAAAGCAUACAGUAUGCCUUUUACAGUAUAUACGAUCUUUCAGGCUUUGUUUUUCUACAUUAAUUACUGUUAUGAGUCAUCAGUGAUGUAUCAAUCUGAAGACUCAAAACUAGAGAUGUGGUGCAAACAGUAGUUUUGUUUAGUUUAAGUAUUUCUUCUAUUACAGUUAAGUAAUAGUAACAAGAUAGUAGCUAAACUGGAGUUUGAGUACAGAAAAUUGAAGAUACCAGAAAUUUAAGUGUAUUUUCUUCUUGACCUGGAACAUAUUUGGCAAUGACUGUGUUUGUGUAAACAAAACAAUAUAGUAAAAAUGCAUUAUGAAUUAUGUUUGUCAGCUUUGGAUAAAUCAAAUUGUAAAAUGGACAUUUUUAAUGUUUAUUCUUGGGUCAAGAAAUAACUUGAUGAGAUUCUUGAGAAUUUAAACUACUGGAAACUGAACAACAACAAAACCUUUCUGAAUGUUCUCCUUUCAUUAUCCUUGUUUUAUAUUUGCUGAAAUAAAGGCACAAAAUAUUCUGCAGAACAUAGGAUGUAAAUUUUUUAAAAAUAAAUAUAAAAUUGGAUAAUGUAAGCUUAUUACAAAAACCUACUCGAUGUACAAUUUUAUUGGUGCUCUGCCUGUUAUUUCAUUAGAACUAGCUCUUACUGGUUUUCUACAGUAUACUGUAUACUGAAUUCAAAUGCUGUACAAACAUUUAUUUUGUCUGAAUAACAUACUGAUUUUCUAGAAAACAUGGUCAGCUCUCAUAUACACCUGGUGGUUCAUAUGUAACAUGUUGCGGUAUUCUACAAAUAUCCCCCUUAAACGACAAACGACAGGUGUGUGGGGUAGUAGUCAGGUCCCUGGACACGUUUUUGUAAAGGUGUGGGUUCUAAUACUGGGUGAAGCACUGAAAGAGUAUGCUUUAACAUGGCAUUUAACUCAGAUUGCUUCAGGAAAAUGCCAGACUGUAUAAAAAACAUACAGAAAUAUAAGUUGAACAAAAUACAAACCAGAGGACUGUUUUUGUAGUGCCACAUUAUGUGAUGUUUUUUUAAUACUUUUUUGUACUGUUGUACUACAGUGUUGCAUCACUGAAAAAGAAA